ACACUCACGCUCGUCUCUCUCCUCUCUCCCAUCUCUACAACUAACCUCCGUUCUGUCUCUUCCGACGGUGCAAGAUUCGGUGUCUUUCUCCGGUUGAAAGCAAGAUGGCCGUCGUCAACGACCCUCCAAAUCUGGUCCAACAGGCAAUGAAUUCAACAAAGGCGAUGGUGUGGUGGGACAUUAACAGUUGUCCGGUUCCCGAGGGUUAUGAUGUCUCUACGGUCUCUCGAUCUAUAAAAUUGGCGAUGAAACACACUGGUCCUCUCACCAUCACUGCCAUUGGCAACUUAAAACUCAUAUUAAAAGAAAUGCCCAAUGCUCUUCAUGCGAUUUCUUCCUCUGGGAUUAAUCUUAAACACGUUCCAGAAGGUUUCAGAGACAUUUUUGAGGAACUUAUCAAGUGGAAGAGGGAAAAUCCACCUCCGGCUACUAUAAUGGUCAUAACUGGAAACUUUAAAGAAGUUAAGCGUUUAUUGUUUCCUCUUUCGAAUAUAGAAAAGCAGGGGUACACAUUUCUUCCCGUAUUCAGUCAAUCCGCUUCCCAGAGCAUCAACGCUGAAGAGUACUUCAGGAAUUCCACCAUGUGUAUUUGGGAGCAGUUACUGAAAGACGCAAUAGACUCAGGAGACACAAGAAAACAAGAGCUUGAGGAGAAGUUCUGUGUAACGAACGAAUCUCCGUGCAGGUUUUUCUGCACACUAUGCAAUCUCGCUGUCCCAUGCGUUGAAGAUUUGUGUGCGCAUCUUAAAGGCAGAGAUCACAUAUCGCUUGAGUUGGACUUGGUGUCAGGGCCUCUACCCAAGAAGAAGCUGGUAAAGCGGAUCUUUACUCUUUCUAAGUUCAUUAACAAGCAAGGAAAGGAUUUGAAUGAGUCGUUUGAAGAAGGCCGAUUGAGCCUCUAAAGGAGGACCUGAACUAGGCGAGGAAGAUGAAGACACUACAUAGCUUUGAUCUUUAGUAUCUCUUUCUGUCCAGUCUCAUGCAAUUUUAUAUCUUGUUCUGUUUUACUUUUAAGUAAUCUUGUGUCUACCCUGGAAUAUAUUAUCACACUCUUGAUGAAUAUAUUACUACAAAUAUCUCCAAGGUUUAAGGUAUAUGCAUGUCACUGAAGGAUGUUGCCUUUA